CAGCAAACUGAGGGGGGGAACAUAGACAAGGAAGGGGAGGUGGUCGUACAUUUCUUCUCACGAGACUAAUCCAGUUACGAGCCACUCCUUUCAUCCUCUGGACAAUAUGAGUAAGUAAACUUGUUGAUAAAAUCAUUGCAAUACUGAUGGCCUCCACAAAGGUUUUCUUGCUGUCAACUUCGCCACAAGAUGAAUAGAAAAUGUCCAAGAUGAUCACUUUACAUCUGCAAUUCCAUUCCAUUCUUCUAAGAACCAUGGACCCUCAACAAAAUUUCAAAUCACCAACAUAUCUUUCGCAUCAAAAGCAUUUGCAACAAGGUCUCCAGGUGAGGUGGCUGGAUGAAAUCAAAUCACUGACAACUAUGAAUAAGCUGCAUCUGCAGAGGAAUCCACAUUGCGACCAUUGUAAACAAUUAAUAGUUCCUCUGCAUGUUCUGGAUACAUGAAUACGAACUUUUCCACGAAUCUUUCAUUUG